CUUUGUUAAGGCAUGAAAAUCAUCUUUCUCUUUUGGAGAAAAUGUCUUCCCCAAAACUCCAAAGUGCACCUUUAAGGACUGUAGUCAUGUGCAUGAACAAGCUUUUUGCAGUUACCUCAUGGCGCCUUGUGACUGAUCUGGUCCCGACCCCCAGGUUAGGGACACUUUCUCUAAGCCCUUCUCCGUGUAUAAACUGUGGCCCACAAUGGCUGACAUCUGCUCCGCCAAACAGCGCGACCACACUUCCUUAUCUCCCAAGCUCCUUUAUACGCCCGACAGACAGCCAGGUGUGGUGCCAUCGCUUCUUGUGAGCGUCUCUGGUGAAUUUCUGCGGUCGCUGUCGCCCUUCGAACAACCGUGCAGACCCGAGCCUCCCCCCCACCAGAGUCGUCCAACAGCACAUCAGUCCCUCUGAUCGUUUAUUAGCCAGAGCCCCGGCUUUAUUUCUUAAUGCAACUUGUACGGCAGCUCCGAGCUGAUGGGUGAAGUCACCGCGGCGCCCGGCCACUCUGCAGCAGUGGUAAAUAUGUAUAUUCCAAGCGUGUGAAAAAGCAGAGCCGCGGCAGACCCACCAACCAUAGCAUAUGGCUCUACCAUGUGUUACUUAAUGAGAGAUUUACUCACACAGACCACUAAAUGUGUGGCUCAUUUAAGGAGCCACGGCAGAGGAGUGUUUGCAUGCAAGUCGACUCAAUAAAGGACUGAGGGGAGGGGGGGGGUGGAGGGUUUGAUCCCCAUCUAACCGCUCGCUGUAACCUUUUGCACUUGCGGUGCUUUUAAUGACUCCUCUGCAAAAGUGAGCUGAAAGCGAAGAAACUCCCUCAAACAUGGCGGGCAGUGCUGACGAAUCCAUACACCUGCCUGAAGGUGUGUGUGUGUGUGUGUGUGAGCGCGUUGUAAGGCCUGUCCGUGUGUUUGUGUGUGUUUCAUAUUAGUCGUGUGUCGUAUUCACAGAGAGGAAUGCUGGCAUUCUAGCCCCGUGUGGCGGGGAGGACAGGAGGUUGUGGCGUACAUACACUCCUGACCACACGCUUUCUCCCUCCCCGCCUGCGUCUCUGGCUCGCAUAUCUGGCCGUGUGCAGUAAUUGGCCACACAGAGCCCAGAUCUCUUUGUUUUCGCCCUGCAGAGGCUUGCGGUAGACAUGCACAAGCAGUAGGCCUCGUAAAUCUGCGGGACUCCAGUGUCAGGCCCCCGAAAGUUCCAGCUCCGCUUCUUUACAAUGACUUCACUCCCACCCAGCAUUCCCACCGCACCACACCGAGGACCGGGUCCGAGAGACUUCAUUAUACGACUUUUAUGUGAUAUGUGUAUCACUCCUAGCGCUUUCUGUGUGUGUGUGUGUGUGUGAGAAAGAGAGUUUCUAUUCCCUCACACCCCAGUUUAACCCAAUCUCGGUGCUGCUGCUCAGAGGCUGUGAUUAUGUGUCUGUCUUCAGUGUUUGCUAGUCUUCUACUUCAGAGCGAAAGGCUGCAGUUCACUGUUUGGCUUGGACCCACUUCACUGGGUGUUUUUUUUUUUUUUUUUUUUUUUAAACUACAGUUGUGGCUUCCAGACUGGGUCAAAUAUGGUUCAGUAAAUAAAUAGUCUUAGCUUUACAGCCCUGAUGAGAUAAUGCGUUCGAUUCAAAUGCCUGCAAAUGAAUUUAAGUAUAUAAUCCAGCGCAAACUUUAGCUUUUAAUACACGAGACUUAGGAGCUGAAAUCCUCACAUCAGGAGCUGCGGCUGAAUAUUUGAUUCGAGCAGCUGAGCUGUAUUUAAACAACCCCCGGCUUAUGCAUUAUAUACUGUAUUAACAAGUGAUUCUGUGAGUCACAUCAGAGGCUCUUGAGAAUGUGUGUCCAAGUUUGCACAGGUCUCACUGAGUAUUCCAACACACUCCCUUUUUCUCUUUCUUUCUUUCUUUCUUUCUUUUUUUUUCUGCCUCACAGCUGCACUCUGAUCUAUUCCGGUGAUGCGUUUACGUGUCUCCUUCAAAGUCAAAAUGCAACAACAGAGCAACUACGAAGACACUCAACGCUGUUAUUAUUUGUGACCCCCCCCACACACACACCUUCCCUCUUCCCCACGACCCGGAACGGACGGGUCAGUGAAAAGCAACCAAAGCGUGACAUUACCAUGUUAAACGGUGCAGGGGCGCGCGGACGUGCCCUAUAGGCUCUGCGUGACGCGUCAGACGGCCAUCGAAGAUUGAUGAAAAAAAAAAAAGAAAGAAAGAAAAGGAAGAAAAAAAAGAUUCAUCUCGUUUCGGAGAAGUCAAAAGUUGCGCCAGCGACACCUUGAUGAAUCCGCACAUAAAUAAUAGAGCGAACUUCUUUUUUUUUUCUCCUCUCCUCUCUUUUUUUUUCUUCUUUCUUUUUUUUUUUUUCUUCUUCUUUUUAACCGCCUUUCGGGAGAACUCGCCGCAGAGGAGAGGAGAGCAGAGAGCGAUAAAAGUCGUGCAGGAGGAGAGGGGAGGGAGACAAAGUUUUUUCCCUGAAAGUUUGCAAGCUUUCACUUUCUAGGCGGGGUUACUGUAAGCUGCAGCAGCAUGGAGUGAGAGAAACGGGACGGCGAGCGAUUGCAAUGCAGCACUAUACCGAGCUUCCAUCCAACUUAAAUAAGCUCUCCAAUUCUCCUUUCUAAAAAUAACCAUGUACUCCCCGUACUGCUUGACACAGUAUUACCCUACUCACCUUCUAAACAAUGCCUUAGUGGAUGAAUUUCAUCCCUUCAUUGAGGCCCUCCUCCCCCAUGUCCGUGCCUUCUCCUACACCUGGUUCAACCUGCAGGCCCGUAAGCGCAAGUACUUCAAGAAGCACGAAAAGAGGAUGACCAAGGACGAAGAGCGCGCGGUGAAGGACGAGCUGCUGGGAGAGAAGCCGGAGAUCAAGCAGAAGUGGGCCUCGCGCCUGCUGGCCAAGCUCCGCAAGGACAUCCGGCCCGAGUUCCGCGAGGACUUUGUGCUCACCAUCACGGGGAAGAAGGCCCCCUGCUGCGUGCUGUCCAACCCCGACCAGAAGGGCAAGAUCCGCCGCAUCGACUGCCUCCGCCAGGCCGACAAGGUGUGGCGGCUGGACCUGGUGAUGGUCAUCCUGUUCAAGGGCAGCCCCCUGGAGAGCACGGACGGGGAGCGGCUGGUCAAGUCGCCCCAGUGCUCCAACCACGGCCUGUGUGUCCAGCCGCACCACAUUGGAGUGACGGUCAAGGAGCUGGACCUCUACCUGGCCUACUUCGUCCACACACCAGAACAAUCAGGACAAUCAGACAACUCAAACCAGCAAGGAGACACAGACGUCAAGCCCCCACCAAACGGCCACUUGAGUUUCCAGGACUGCUUUGUGACUUCAGGGGUGUGGAACGUUGCCGAGCUGGUCCGCGUGUCGCAGACCCCCGUGGCCACAGCGACCGGCCCCAACUUCUCCCUGGCUGACCUAGACAGCCCCGGCUACUACAACAUCAACCAGGUGACCCUGGGACGGCGCUCCAUCACCUCCACCCCCUCUACCAGGACUGAAAUGGAGCUUUAUGCAAGUCUCCCACGGAGCUCCAACAAGCGCAAGUCCAUUGACGACAGCGAGAUGGAGAGCCCGGUGGACGAUGUCUUCUACUCAGGCCGUUCCCCGGCGGCUGGCAGCAGCUCUCAGUCCAGCGGCUGGCCCAAUGAUGUGGAUGCAGUGCAGCACCAUUUGGCCAGUGUGCAGGAGAGGAAGAUUAAGCAUGAGAGCGAUGGAGUGCAGUUUCCUUACCAUGGACUCUCAUCGCCUAGUUCUCUUAAGAAGCCGGGGAAAUUCGAUUUCAGCGCCCUGUCCUCCCAGACGAGGUCCCCCCGCAUGGCGUUCACCCACCACCCAAUGCCAAUACUGGCGGGAGUGAGACCAGGGAGUCCCCGUGCUUCAGCCUCGGCCUUGCACUUCCCGUCUCCCUCCAUCAUCCAGCAGUCUAGCCCCUACUUCACCCACCCAACCAUCCGCUACCACCACCACCCUGGACAAGACCCCCUGAAGGAAUUUGUGCAGUUUGUCUGUGCUGAUGGUUCGGGGCAGGCCGCCGGACAGCCAAACGGGAGCGGCCAGAGCAAAAUGCCAGGCUCCUUCUUGCUGCCUCCACCUCCCCCAGUGGCCCGCCCAGUGCCCCUCCCUAUGCCCGACUCUAAACCCAACAGCACGCCCCCUGAUGGCGGACUCUCCUCGCCCGCAUCUCCGUCAUACUCCACGCCAGGCGCCACAGCUCCCAACAGGUUUGUCGGCAUCGGAUCACGGGACAACAACUUUCUGAACAUCCCGCAGCAGACGCAGUCUUGGUUCCUCUGACAAGAUCUGUGCGCAAACCAGCAACUAGAAUUCUUUCUUUACAAUCGGAAAUAGAAAAACAGAGAAACAACCCGCAGGAUAGUAACUGUCCUCCUACCAACCCACCGACCGGCCCUGACAGUACGUCUCACCUGAUCCAAAAUAUAACCGAGCAACGCAGGAAAUUACAGCAGCAUUACGCUUUUAGAGGAACUCUGGACUCAUUUACCCAGUCAGAGGGAGGACCCGUUUCAAGCAAAGAUGGAUAGAUGGGAAGAUGAAUGGAUGGACGAGUGGAUGCCAGGAUAAAGAAGGGGUUAAGGGGACAAAACGGCAGCGAGCAGGCAUCUCUCCUGAAAACCUACAGAACCAGCACAACAACGACAGCAACACAAGAGGAAUUUAAGGAUGAAAAAGGCGGUCGACUUCUGCUACUUCGUGAGGACGCAUUGUGUAAUGAAUGGCUAAAGAAAAUCAACUUGUCCAACAAAAUCAGGUUGCCACAAACACAGAUUUAACAUUUGAGCUACGAAGCUUCACCCACAACGAAUCCACAGCGUGAUCAAAGCAAAGACACUAUUUGAUUUCCAAUGAAAGCUGCAGUCCAUGCUCCUGUGGUGUCUGCCAUCACCCAAAACACGCUCAAAUUGACCAAUGUUUCUCUCUCUCUGAAUGACCAUUGAGUCCCUCUGUACCCUACUACUAACUAGAGAGAGACCAUGCCAAAACAUAUCUUGAUUGAGGGUUGCACUAGAAGCUGAAUCAAUUAACACUAAUCGUAACGAUGUGCACUAUUUACCUGCAAGGCAUGGGAGGUAAACCAGACUUGCCUAUUAAAGAGUUUUAAAGAGGAAAACAAACCAAGGUACAAGAAGCCUUCACGUGUCCUUGACCCCCAUCGUUCAGUUUCGACAAAUCAUCGGCCUCCCGCUCAUUUCUCACAUCUCCCUGCAAAACACACACACACACAAUCUGUGCCAUUACCACAGCAUGUAUGUACAACGGAGAAAAAGGACACACACACACACAUAAUCACACACCCAUACUCUCUGGCACACACACACACAGUCGCCCAGUCAGACCUUUUAGAUUGUAGUAUUCAUAGGUGGUGGUGUUGUGUUACUGUAUUUUCAUUUUACAUGCACACAGUAAGCCCAGUGAACCUAUUCGAUUAGAUGUCCAAGCCUCACACACACACACACACACACACACACACACACACACACACACUGAUAAUCCCGGUGUGAGUGCAUCAUUACUGACAGUUUUCACGACUGUAGACAGCAGCUAUUGGUUCCCCCUUUGCCCUCUUGUAAUGUAGAUGAAUGAUUUUGUUAUCUCUUGUGUGUUCGCUUAUCUGAAUUUAUUCCUUUUGGAUUUGUACUAUUUUAUAAUUGUUUUGUAUUUGAAUGACAGCACCUUAUGGAGAAAAAACACGGUAGGAAGCGCGAAGGCAAAGCGGCGUAGACAGGGUGGUUCGCUGACCUGGAUCAAACAGUACAUGCCAAAACGAAAAAAAAGGAAGAGUUUGACAAUUUGCGGAAUACGCUUGUUCACUCCCUAACAGAGCGUUAGAUGCUCGUUAAGUAUUAAGCUACCACGAGCAGCCGGUUAGCUUAGCUUGGCAUAAAGGCGGGAAACGGGGAGGAAACAGCUAGCUUAGUCUGUCUCAAAGUGACACAAGUUGCAAACCAUUGUUUAGCUUGUUAGCUUAAUGGCUGUUCCCUAGCUGUUUCCCCAAAGGCAACCUCUGGAGCUGAGAAAUUCAAGCUAAGUUCUAAAAACUACAAUACCUGGCAACUAGAAUGGCCACUUGAGGCUGGAUACAAAUUCCCAUAAGACAGCAGAAAUAACCAAUAAAACACUUUUGCCUUAAUUGAACUUAUCCCCUUUCAUGAAAACUAUGUGGGGACUGGAUUUUUACAUAACAUUGCUCAUUUAUAUUGUAUUUAGGCCCUAAAGUUAUUCCAAAUUAAUAGCAUAGUGACUGCUCCUUGUUAGCUGUCAAGCUAGCUGUCAGCAACAAGGCUUCAUUUGGCCUGGCUCAGCUCCACCCGUGCUCCUUCUCUUCACCUGUUUUUGGAUCAGCCAGGCAUUAAACAUAUGGAUGACAUCACAGAGUCUUAUUCCGUUUUCUCUCUUUCUGCUAAGCUAAGCUAAUCGUCUGCUAGCUGCAGCUUCCUGUUUACCGAACAGACAUGAGAGUGGUAUUGUUAGUUUUUUCCUAACUGUCUGCUAGAAAGCAAAUGAGCAUAUUUCCCAAUAUAUCAAACCCGGACAUGGUUUGCUCGCCACACACUGUGCUUUAAGACCACACAAUGCAGGGUUUUGACAAUCACAGGAAGCCAAUUUUCUUGGGGAACUUACCUGCUGAACCAUUCAGGUCAACAAAAAAGCUAAGCGCAUGUCUGAUUUGACCCGGGUGCAGCUGGUAGCUGGCGGUGAUACACGAGGAGGGAAGGUUGCUGAAGAUGGGACCCAGAGUAAAAGAGAGAGUAGCUCUUCUUUCUGUCUCCCUAAAGUUUACCCUGUUGUUUACACUCCCAGACGGGCCGCUGCUCCAAGAGCAGAGCGAGCCACACUGUGGAGCAAAAUGAAUAUGUGACAUAUCUGGCUUGUUUCGGAGAGGGAACGAGGGCCUCUAAGGCCGGCAGUAGGAGGAUCACCCAUGUGCCCAGGUUUGUCUUGGUGCACACGACACGGUAAAGGUUUCUAUGGCUAUCUCCCCCAACACACACAAACGUACACACACACACCAGCACUCCCCUCUUGCUAUUGCGAAUCGAUGAGCCCUUAACGAUCAAAAAUGCACUAAAACAAUCACGCCAGCCAACCUUGAGAGUCUCUUUUUCCGGUAAGAUCUUACAGUAUUGACCGCCACUCAAUGUUUCACAUCAGUGGAUGUGUCACUGGGACGGAAACACACUCGUAGAGCACAGAUUGCCACUUCUUAAACACACAGGCUUAUGAAGACCACUCACUAUUAUGCACACACGUCCCCCCUGUGCCCGACUGAAUUCAAAGGGAAGUCUUAAAAAAUAGACAAUCUGAGGAGGCCUUUUAUGCUUUUAAUCAUUUUCUAUCUUUAGCCCACACAUGUUCUGAUUCCGAUUCAGUUAUUUCCUGUUUAAAAAUUCACACCACCCAUCCAACCUCACAAAAUAACUGGACUGCCUGGCCACGUUCUUCACUGCAGGGAAACACAACAUAGUUGGCCAACCGACUGGCGACCAUCUCAUCAGCUUCGUAGAGAGAAACUAGCUCUGCUGAGUAAGACGUUAAGACGAUGGCUAAGGUGAUUUCUUUUCUAAUCUAUGGAAGUGCCUCUGUAUUCCCAUUAUGCAAUUUGUCAAACAUGAAUUCAGGUUCUUUUUCUCACAUAUAAGCUAUAGUGAAUGGUGAAAAAUUUAUGUCAGGAGAGGGGAAAAAAAAAAAAAACGGUGACAGCUCACUAGAUAAUCGCAAGCAUCUUUAUAUAUAAUACACAUAUAUAUUUAUAGAUAUAUACAUUUUUUUAUUUGCAAGAUAAGCUCUGUGGCAGUCUAGUUAUUUUUUGAAGCAUGGCGUACAUCGCACAGUCAUAGGAUGCAUCUCAAAAACCGCUGAUUAGAGCUAAAGUACCAGUCUGUAAACCCACUCUCGCGUUAAACCGACGGAACCGACAAAAUCCACGGCAAACAACAAUAGACACAUAGACAGUGAUGAUGAUGUAGUUGAGGGUUAAAAAAAAAACAAAAACAAACAAAAGAACAGAUUAGGUUUUGUUGUUUUCUUUCUUGUUUUUGAUGGGAAGUAUUGUUCUUGAAACUAAAUGAUGUAUGUUGAUUGAGCCAUGUGCAAUGCCUUGGUAGAGGAAUUGUGUUUGUUUGUUAGCGAUUGUUUGAGGGUGUCACGAGAAAAGAGGGAAAACCCUCUUAAGUUUUUUUUUUUUUUUUUUUGGGGUUGUUUUUUCAAGUCCACAUGCUCUGGGACUCUAAAUACGAGGGCGGCGAUUAUAAAAAAAAAAAAAAAAAAUCCCAGUCUUUGUAAGUAAGUUUGGGGAAAUUGUUUUUAAUUUCCUUUUGUGUUUUAUUUUUUUUUCCUUUUAUCGCUUUUUUUAAAGAAGAAAAAUCUUCGUUUCUAACCAUUUGUUUUCAGAAUGUGGGAGGGCUGAAGGAACAAUUUUGCAACUCAUAAAAUAUAUAUCACUAUGAAAACUGGUGCUUUCGUAAAAGAAUAAAGUACAUUCAAUCUCUAUUAUACAUAAAUAAUAAUAAACAAAAUUAAGUGUUAUCAUAAAAGCAAAUUUUAGGAAAACAUGCAUUAUUCUAUUUCUCUUUUUUUUUUUUGUAUUUACCGAGGGGGGAGGGGUUCAUUGUAUGAAAAGGUUGUCGUGACAAAAGGCAUUUUUCCCCCCCAACCUUUCCGCCAUAGCAGAGGAACAGUCGUAGGAAUUCAAAAAAAAAAAUAAAUAAACAUCUCCGAAAAGGCUUUUUUUUUUCCAGACUGUAUCCAACACAAGUGAUCCUAAUGUGGGACAAAGACAAGAUCUUCCCCGAUUCUGGGAGAUGCACAAGUACGGAUUCCCUUUUUAAAGAAAGCAAAAAAAUACGACCGCGAGUGGUGAUUCUGAUUCGGGGUGUGAAUGUCGAGUUGGUUCAGCGAGAGGGAAGUAGUGACCUCUGCCUGCUCAGCUGGUCCGCUGUCGUCAAUUCAAGUGAACCCCACCCCCUUCCCCAUCCCCCUCCCGACCCCCCAAUCUCCCACUGUAAAUGAUUAUAAAUAUUUGUUUGGUGAUGUAGUGUUAUAGACUCAGAGCAUCUUAAAGGUUGUCCCUAAAAAGUGCCUUUUGUUCACAGAUUCCAUCUUGUAAUCCUGAGUGCCCAUCUCAAAAGAAAAAAAAACGUCCCCUCCUUCGUACUUCUAUAUCUUUCUCUUCCUCUUCUUCGAGCUUUUUAAAGCAGUAUACAUAGUACUAAAGGAAAUUGGUGUGAUUUAGUUCCUCUUUUUAUUGUUGAAUAAUUAAGAAAAGCAUAAAAAAAAAAGCCAAAAAAAAAAGGAUAUUUUCUGUCUUGCUUCUCUUCCUCUGUAUCUUGUCUUCUGUCUAUCUUUGGACACUGGAGUAGUCUGUAGCCGUGUAACCCUCUCCUUCCUCCUCCUUCUCCUCCCCCCUCCUCCUCCCCCUCCCCUCCCACCCCUCUCUCCUUUCACCCUUUUCUCUGAACGGCGGGGUUUCAAAAAGAAAAACAAAACAAAAACGAAAAAAAAAAAAAAAGAAUACGCAAAGAUUUUUUUUGUCUGAGCAGAAUGCAGUUAGCUCACAUGUUAUUCUUGUCUGUACGCUUCACAUUGUAUUACCAUACCCAUCUUCUUCAGCUUCUCCAUUCAACAGCUAAUGUAAGUGAACAAGUUACACCACGGGGCUCUGGGCUGUGCUGAGGACAGGGGCCGGGUCACGGGGAGAAGCGAGGAGUCAAAUCACCCCCCCCCCCCCCGGGCGGAGGUGGAGGAGCACCUCGCGGGAACUUUUUUGUUGUCCCGGGCGAGAGGGAUAUGACCAGUAGGACUGCUAGUUGUAGGCAGGUUUGUUUGUAAUCCUUGUUUCUAUCUAUUUAUUUUUUUUAUAAUUGAAUUUGGAUUUGCUUUUUUUAAUUCUCUCUUUUUUUUUUUUUUUUGUCAUUGUUACUACACGUCUGAGGCAGCAGGAGGAUGCUGCUGCGCUGAGACCUUCAAUUAUGCACCUUUUUUUUUUCAGUGGUUGAAUGAGACCAGCUAUUUAAAACAAAAAAAAAAUUAUAAAAAUGGAAAAAAAUAAAAAACUGAAAAUGACUCGAAGCACCUUAUAAGCGGACUGGUUCCACAGCACGGUGACUGAAAGGCUCAGAUUUAGCACAAUCAUAAGAGAUGUUCCACACUGCUCCGCAAUGUCGUAUUGACUCGCCACCAUUUGGAAACCGCAGUGUUCGAUAGACACGUUGACCAAAGUGAUAUGGUUCCAAAAUAAUAAUUGAAAAAAAGACUUUGGUGACUUGUAAGAAAAGCACCUUUGAAAAAUUCCACCAGCAAAAUCAAGUGAUUACAGAUUUUUGUCCUGCAAAAAAAAAAUAUAAAAAUACAAUAUUUACAAUAUAUAUGCAAUUUUUUUUUUCUUCAUCAAACAAAUGAAGCCAGCAGCAGUAUUAUCAAUCAAGCCUUGACAAGUGAAAGCGCCACAGUUGAAAAGCCAUAUCAGAGACGAACAGGAUGCAGGGAGCAGUGUUUGUGUGUGUAUGUGUGUGUGUGUGUGUGUGUGUGUGUGUGUGUGUGCGCGCGUGUGUGUGGGUGGUUGUGAGUCACCAGUUUCUGCUCCUGCACCAUUCGAAGAGCCCAGUCGGACCCUGUGGCCGAACCGUCCGCCCAUUACUUUCCUUUUGUUUGUUUUUAACACGUUUCGUAGGAUGCUGGGCCGUGGUUAGUGAUUUGUAGACUGAGCCCCCCUGGCCGGCCUAACCCCUCGCCUCUGGCCCGCCACAUCACCUCCCGCUGCGAGUGCUCCUCCUCCUCCUCCUCCUCCUCUUCCUCCCUCAGAGCAGCGUCCCAUAUCCUCAGACGCACACCCCCAGAGCCCAUGGUGAAAUGCAUGUGUUAAUUACAGUUUCUUUUCCAUAAUAAUAAUAAAAAACAGUUUGAAAAGAGCAACCCCUUUACUUGAUUGAAUAAAAGGAUGUUCUUGACUGUA